GCUUCACUUGGUUAAGUGGAAGUUCGGUAAAUUUGGUCUGAUAAUGGACUAGUGUUGGGCGGCUGCUAGCAUAGUGGGACGGGGACGGGGACGGGGGACGAUGAUAGUGCAGAGUUGUACCAUGAAUUCAUUCCAAAUCAUUCUUUCUUAUUUUAAUCCAAGUCAGAAGCUGCGUGUCUUCGGGAGCGAAUUUCCUACUGGCCAUUACUUUCGGCCCUUUCUGUAUAUACCCAGGUUGAGUACUGACUCAUGACUUAAAAGGAAAGCGCUUUUUGCUCUUUAAGUUCUUCUUGCAAUUCUUGUUCAAUCUCGAUUCCACACCAAAGAUGGCCUUCUCUCCUAGCUUUACCCAAGCCCAAUUGCCAUUCAAGGUUAAGCGCACAGGGUUGUGUUACAGAUUUUCGGAAUGCAUGAGGAUGAACAAGAGAUCCAUAUUUGCUUUCAGAAGUGUGAAUAAACAGCUCUUUGUUGGACAAACGGAAAAAUUGGGAACCAAGCUAAGCACUGAAUGGAGCUUUCCCAGAAGACCAAUAGCAAGCAUUCACCCAAAUCUUGGACGAGCUGUUGAUUGCAGAGUCUAUGCUUCAUGUUUGCCGAGCUCUCAACUUGCAGCUAGUGUUUUUACAUUUGGAACUGUAGCAGUUCUUCCAUUUUAUACACUCAUGGUUGCAGCACCUAAAGCUGAAUUGACCAAGAAGUUAAUGGAAAGCAGCAUACCUUAUAUUAUGCUGGGACUGUUAUAUGCAUAUAUUCUAUAUCUCUCCUGGACACCAGAUACAUUGCGUCUCAUGUUUUCUAGUAAAAACUGGCUGCCGGAGCUGUCUGCUAUAGCAAAGUUGUUCUCCAGUGAGAUGACACUUGCUUCUGCAUGGAUUCACUUGCUGGCGGUGGAUCUUUUUGCUGCAAGGCAGGUUUUUCAUGAUGGGCUGCAGGACAAUGUUGAAACUCGGCAUUCAGUUUCUCUGUGCUUGUUAUUUUGUCCAGUAGGAGUUCUUGCUCACUUCAUCACCAAAGCUCUGACCAGCAGGGUCAAGCAGCAAAUUCAUUAGCAAUGAACGGAUCAUUCUGGUUCCUUCUUUGAAGAUGAUCCAACAUUCGUAGUAAUUAUAUCAAUAGCAUAAAGGCGUUCAAUGUGAAAAAUCAUGAGAAACUAUGCAGAAAUUAUUAAUAUGAUUAUUUUUUGUCCAUUAGGAAAAGUAGUUUCAUUUUCCUGGUUACUUGAUACUGUCAUUACACACAUUUGGAAUAGAAUUUUCGAUAUAUGGGUGAACAUUCAAAAUUUCUUC